AUGGAGGAGGUGGCACGUCUGGACGACGUCUACCGGGGUGGGUUCAUCGGCGAGGAGGAGUACCUGCGCCGGCGCCUCCUGCUGCUUCAUGUCAGCCGUGAUGAUGCCGGUGGUGCCAACCCUCCUGCUGCUGGCGGCAACCACCCUACGAUCGUCUGGUGUGACAGCCCGCCCGCCCACCCCCAACCCCCAGCAGACCACACCCCCGGCAUGCCGCCCCGCAACCGCCACGACCACGACGGACACGGCCCAGAGUGGGCAAUCACCACAACGACGUCGGCCGAGAGAGGACUGCGAGGAGACUGGGCCACGACCACGCUGGUGAUGGUGGACGAGGAGGGCGAGCGCGCGCUGUAUGAUGCGGGCCUCGAGGCGAAGGAAUGGGGCCACCAGCGACAGACGCUCGAGCGUGGACGGCGAGAAGCAGCUGUGCUGACACCAUCAUGGCGGCUCCUGGAUGAAGAGAGUGAAGAUGACGAGGAAACAUGGGAAGGUGAUGAUGGCAACGACGAGGACGAUGAAGAGGAGGAGGAGGACACGGACGACGAGGCCUAUGAGCGAAGGCACAAGCCCUACGAACGAGGCGAGGUGGCGGCGGGCCUGCUGGAGAUGACGAUGGCCGAGCUGCGUGAGCUGCUGCGCCAGCGAAGCCUGCCCCAGAGCGGCGUCAAGACCGACCUCGCCCUCCGCCUCGCCCAGUUCUUUGUUCCCUGA